AUCAGUUUUGAUUGACUAUAGUAGACAUGUACAUGUAGUUUACCAGGUAUUACUCUUGCCAACAAAAUGUGUACAAUACAAUGUAUAAAUAUAUAUGUCCAUGUAGCUUUAUUUUAAUAUUAUCAUGAAGGAGGUGAGUCAGGUAGUGCUGAUACAGUGAGGGAUCCAAGAGGAUUUGCUGUCAAAUUUUAUACUGAGGAUGGUAAUUGGGAUCUUGUUGGUAAUAAUACACCAAUAUUCUUUAUAAGGGACCCUAUACUAUUUCCUAGCUUUAUACAUACUCAAAAGAGAAAUCCAUCUAUACCCUUUAAGUCUGAGGCCUGAGACCACUCACCAGGUGUCAUUCCUCUUCUCUGAUUGAGGCAUACCUGAUGGAUACCGUCACAUGAACGGAUACGGAUCACACACUUUCAAACUGGUCAAUAAUGACGGAGAGCCUGUUCCAUUACAAAACUGAUCAAGGUAUAGCUAAUCUUAGUGUUGAGAAGGCUGGCAUUCUUGCUGGCUCUGAUCCAGACUAUGCUAUCAAGGACCUUUAUGAUGCUAUUGCUGCUAAGAACUAUCCUUCGUGGACACUCUAUUUUCAAGUAAUGACAUUUGAACAAGCAGAAGAGUUUGAAUGGAAUCUGUUUGAUCUAACUAAAGCUUUGUUUACUUUGUACAGCAGCAGUAUCGAGAUUUGAGAGCAGUAUCCAUACCAGAGUAGACCCAGACUACAACUUUAAUAACGAGCUUAAUAAUGGCUGAACAAAAAUUAAUUCCAGCAAAUGAUCCUCAAGGAGAUCAUGGAGAUGAUGGUGGUGCUCCAGCAGAUGAUAGAUCUAUACCUGAGAUCAACAUGGCAGAAUUAAAAAUUGAUAUAACUAAUUUCAAUCUGUCAGAUACAUCACCAAAAAUAGAUACUAAUGCAAUGAAAACCUUCAAGGAGCUCAUCCAAGAAGAAAAUAUUUCAACAGAUGUGAACAUACUAGUCAUUGGAAGAACAGGACAAGGGAAGUCUGCACUAGUCAACAGCCUCAUUGAGCUAGGAGAAGAAAUCGUGCCCGAGAGCUCAGGUACUGACUGCUGUACACAAACAUCACAGUCUUAUACGUACCCAAACAUCAUUCCUGGUGUCAAUGUCACAAUAAUUGAUUCUCCUGGUUUACAAGAUAUUCAAAAAAAGGAACAUAAACACAUUCAAGAAAUGAAGAAGGAGUGUAAUGAGAUCAGUUUGGUCCUCUACUGCAUGAAGAUGACAGACUAUCGAUUCACCAAUGAUGACAAAGUUGCUAUGCAGAAGUUCCAUCAAGCGUUUGGUCAAAAAUUUUGGGAGAGAGUGGUGUUUGUCUUAACCUUUGCAAAUAGGGAACCGCUAGAAAUAUGGAACAAAGGAGAUAAAGAUGACAAAAGUAAGGAGCCUCGAAAGGAUGAAACAGAUGCUUGGGAACAGCUGAAGAAAGAACGACUGACUGGUAGAGUUCAAAAUCGUAAGGAAAAAAUAAAUGCAUUUGUCACUGAGCUUCUACAAUCACAACACAAAUCAGAGCAUAGUCAAAAUGCACCCGAAAAGACAACAUUUGACGUUUUUCCAGCUGGAUACUAUGACUACAACCCUAGAUAUGAUGAUAUUCCUCCUUGUGUCAACUGGCAGCUUGACCUUACUGCUUUUUGCUGCAAUACAAUAAAGCACAAGCACAGAUUAUCAAAACUAAAACUAAAUAAAAAGAUUGCUUUAGCUGUUAUCAUUGAUAAUCGGGGAGAGGUCAAGGUGGAGAAUGAAGAAAGGAUAUUAAAUGAAGAAGCAGCAGCUCUUAAAAAAGCUUUUGAAGAUCUUGAGUUUGCUGUUCUUUACUUCAACAGCUUCUCCUCAGAAUCGAUAGCUACUUUGCUUGAAGAAUUCAGUAAAGUAGAUCAUUCUCAAUUAUCGAUGAUAGCUCUAGUGUUUCUCAGUAAAGGGAAGACUGCUGAGCUAUAUGAUGCUGAUGAUGUGGCUGUGCCUUAUUCAGCUUUGUUUUGCCAUUUUGAAAGAUCCCCAAUACCAGCUAUAUUCUUUUUUGAUUCAUUAAGUGAUGAUAAAAAGAAAAAGAAUGACUCCGAAAUUGGUUUCCAUUUGCCUCUGCACAUUUGCCCCAAAAAUUCUCUAGUCCUUGCUUCUGCACACAAUACAGCAUCAUCUCCUGUAGUGAAAGAAUUCACAGAAAAGCUGAGCCACACCAGUGUCCAAGAAUGCUUUGAAACAAUAUGUGCUAAUAAUAAUAGCACUACUGUGAAAAGCAUAUGGCAUGACACUGUUGGGAAUUACUUAUGUAUUGUCAAAUCAACUAAUGACAUGAUUGAAACUCUUGAGCAAAAAUUGGAAGUAUACCAUUCAAUAUGGUAUCCCAUCCGUUGCAAGACUAUAGACAAUUUGGAAGAAAACAAGGAAGAAGUCAUUUCAAUAGUCCGUAAAGAAAGGGCAGUUCAAAUUGCAGGCCCAGUAAUAAGUCGUAGCCUAGUUGCAACAGGAUUACUUCUGGCUCCUAUCACUUUUGGUGGAACUCUUGCAAUAUCUGCAGUAGGUCUUGUUGUCGGGUUAGGUACUACUGGUGUUGCAAUUGCUUCAUUAGUUCUUAAUAAGAAACGGUUAAAGAAAGCACUAGCAAUUAUCAACCUAGAUCAGCAGAUUAGUUUGAUAAUUAAUGAAGAUGCCAAAAAAUAUUAUCAAAUGUUGACACAACUUGCACCUCAUGAACCAGAAUCUUCAGCUAUUGGUGCAGCAACUAUCAGAGGUGCAACUGCAGAUACUGUACCUGAAGCUGAGAAUACAGUAGAAACAGUUGCACUUGCAGCACAUAGAUCUACUACUGGUCCUGUUGCUGGAAUGACUGGAGCCUCGACAAUACCAAUUGAUCUUUUUAGCAUUGCGUAUCGCAACUAUCACAUUGACGAAACAAGAAAUGAAUCCUUAGAGAGAGCUAAAAUUAUUAAUAAACCAGAGCAGAUUAUACAUAGUUUAGUGGAAGCAUUAUUUAAAGGCACAUGUCAUGCAAUCAAUGAAGUUGAGCAUGAAGUUCAACUAGAGACAAAUAUUCUUAAAGAUGUUGAGUAUGGUUAUGAAAUUCAGGUGCCAGUAAAAAGAAAUAAAAAGUUUGCAAUCAAAGUUUGUACUCUCUUCUCUGGUCCAUUUGUCUAUCCUGAUGGGUAUACUCUUGUAAGUGCUGUAUAUGAUAUCACAAUGCAGCCAAAGCUGUCUCAACCAGCAACCAUUAAGCUGGAGCAUUGUGUUGAUGAAUCUGAUCAGACUAGAUCAGAUUUGUGUUUUGCCAUUGGCAGCAUUGACUUGAAGAAAAAAAAGAUAAUCUUUGAAAAAGUGGAUCAAGAGUUUAAUGGAUCAAUUCAACAAAAAACCAGUUGUUUCUUAUGCAUAUUGUACAGAAGAGAAAUGCAAGACGAAACUUUAGUGAGAUAUGUUGCUCAAUGUUUUUAUGAAAGAAAGUACAAGAACUUUUGGACUCUGAAUAUUGUUUUUACAAAGCUUUUAUAUGCUAACUUAAAGCGAAUUCAGUAUGCAUGUAGAUAUGGUCUUCAAGGCUCAUCAUACCUUCCAUUUGUCUUUAAUUCUUCCAUGCUCUCUCUUGAUCUAACUUGCUUUAAAGAUACUAAGGAAUUCUCAGGAUGGAUUGUAUCACCAAAUGAUAGUGAAGAAAUGCCAGACACAAUAUCAAUGCAAAGAAUUGACACCAUUGAGUUGAGAGAAAGAAGUGCCCAAGUGCUUAAAAAAGCAUUUCCCUUCAUCAGCUUGUAUGUUUAUAUUUUCAAUGAAGCAACUGCUGCUGACACAAUAAAUGAGUUGUUUGAAAUUGGGGGGACAAACUUAAGCAUUAAUAUCAGCCGUCACAAAGAAAUAUAGACUAAAUCUUUAUUGAUAAUAAUUU